AUGAUAUUAUCCGUGAGUUCUAUAGUUGUGAAGAUAGCUACAAUAUUACCUUCUGAUAAUGGAAAGAGUUUUUCCAUUGACCGGAUAACACCAGCCAUACAAAUGGCGAUUGACGAAUUAAGCAGCAAUUACACACUAGUGGAAAAUCUCACUUUCUCCGUCGAGUACGCAGACUCCCAGUGUUCAAUUGCGGAAGGAAUCAACCAGGCCAUAGACUUUUAUAUCAAUCGUAAAGUUGAUGCCUUUUUUGGUCCAGUGUGUGACUAUGCCGUAGCACCCGUUGCUAGGCAAACAAGAUUUUGGAAUAUACCGUUAAUUUCCGGUGGCGCCAUGGCGCGUGAUUUUGCCAGAUACCGGAAGUCACAAUAUCCAAAAUUGACCAGAGUGGGCCCAGUGAAUUUCAAUUCGUUAUCGGAUUUCUUUGUUAAGCUGUUUCAUCAUACUGGAUGGAAGUCUUUGAAGAUUCUAUACAAUCGGGAAGGGCACGCAAACGUGUUUGAGGAUUUCUGUCACCUGUGUGUUGAAGCUCUGCAUUAUGACAUCAUAGAAAAAGCGCGGGAUAUUAAACAGGAUUACUUCCGCUUGUAUGACCAAGCGGACCUCCGGAAGAUACUUCUGGAUGAAGUCGGCCUAACGUUUGGAGGUAGGUGA